UCUCUCUCAUUUUCAAUUUUCGCUGGCGCUCUCUUUUCUCUUUAGUCUUUGUUCUGCCUCUGACUGGGAAAAACAACACAACACUAAAUUCCACUCAACCCUACUUUCUCUCUCUUCUCUCUCUCUCUACAAUAUCCACAAUGGCGUUCGCUUCUUUCCUCGGAAGAGUCCUCUUCGCCUCCGUCUUCAUCCUCUCUGCUUACCAAGAAUUUAAUGACUAUGGAGUUGACGGGGGACCUGCAGCAAAAGCAAUCAGACCAAAGUUUGAUGCCUUUAUAAAUAAAGUUGAUUCACAUGCUGGCUUCCAACUUCCAGAAAUUGAUAUAAAAUUUUUAGUUGCUGGGGCUAUUGCUCUCAAGGGCUUUGGAGGAAUUUUUUUCAUACUUGGCAGUUCGCUUGGAGCUACACUUCUGCUUUUGCACCAGGUGAUUACUACUCCAAUAUUGUAUGAUUUCUAUAAUUACGACCAUGAGGACAAAGAAUAUAUUCAACUUUUCAUCAAAUUUACUCAGAAUAUGGCUCUCUUCGGGGCUUUAUUGUUUUUCAUUGGGAUGAAAAACUCCAUUCCUAGAAGGCAACCCAAGAAGAAGGUUCCCAAAACAAAAACCUAUUAGCAGCUGUAAUUUAAAGUCUAUUUUGCAAGAAGGUUCCCUGGUUGUUCACCAUUCCCAUUCCCAAAUUUCCCAGGAACUUGCUUGAGUGUUUGUCCGGCACAGCACAAAUCUCCCAUCCAACGAGUAUUGUAGGUGUAGCAUUAGUUUCAUGGAUUACACAAAUUUAUGUAUGCAUAUAUAUUGCUAUUUUGUUUCACAUUAUGAACUAUCUUUCAAUUGCUAAACUUGGUUACCAAGAGGGUUAAAAUGCAUGAUUAAGAGCAUGUUUGCUCAAACUUAAGAGAGUGCUGAUUUCAUUUUGUUAAUGGCCCUAAAAGUGUGGACGUCGAAAUUGACUAUAAAUUUCUCCAUGCCGGCACAUAAUUCUGUGUUCCCAUUUUGAA